AUGUCGACAUUUAACGGCAUCGUUGAAGUCGACAGCUUCCGCAAGAACCCCGAGUGGCCUGCACCGUUGGCCUGUUUUCUCAGUCAUGUUCACAGUGACCAUCUCACGGGGCUGGAGUCCCUCAGGGCGCCAUUCGUCUACUGCUCCACAGCCACUAGAGAAAUACUGUUGCGUAUUGAAAAGUAUCCUCAUCGGAUGAACUUUGCCAAAGGGAUCCUGGAGUCUAGAAAGCAGCAUUACAAACAUCUGGCCAAGCUACUGAGGCCAAUUCCGCUGCAGGUGCCGACAGAGAUAGAGCUUAUGCCUGGAAAUACCAUACGAGUCACCCUGUUCGAUGCUAAUCACUGUCCUGGCUCUGUCAUGUUUCUUAUAGAAGGUGGUGACAAAGCGAUAUUCUAUACAGGGGAUAUCAGAGCUGAAGCAUGGUGGGUGCAGAGCCUUGUCAGAAACCCAGUUUUGAUACCAUAUACCAUGGGGGACUGUCGUUUGGACACUAUAUACCUCGAUACUACCUUUGCUACAAAGUCAGAUAUCCACCAAGUCUUUCCCUCAAAGGCGGAGGGUAUACAAGAGCUGCUGGGUAAGGUUAAAGGGUACCCCAAGGAUACUAUAUUCUACCUUCGUAGUUGGACAUUCGGUUACGAGGACGUCUGGCUGGCUCUCUCCGCAGCCCUGAAUACAAAGAUACACGUCGACCGGUACCAAUAUGGCUUAUAUAACUCUCUAAGUUCUAGGCCAGGGAAUGACUUCGGCUUAGACGAUUCCCUCUACCUUUGUGGUUUCAGGCUUGGCAACUCAUCUGUGCCGGGGUGUCUGACAAAUGAUCCGUCCGUCCGUGUCCAUAGUUGCGAGCCAGGAGUGAUGUGCUCACAAAUAUCAUCUGGAAAAUCGGUCUAUAUUACCCCUAUCGUCACACGAACUAAAGACGGCUAUGAAAUACCCGAGAUCGGCGCUGGGGGUGGUAAAGGAGACCUUGAACAGAGCCAUGAGCUAGAACUACCUGACGACACAACCUUUCAGCGUUUACUAGACCUGUGUAAAGAACAGAUAAAGGAACCCGGUACAAGAGAAUUGGUAACUUCUACCCUAUCCAAGGCAUACUACUCUACAGGAGCAGGCAUUUCCUUGGACGAAUAUGGAUUAAAGGAUGAAGAAGAGAUCACCCUGGCAAAACUUGUGGCUAUUAUAGGGGAAGGCGCGAAGCAGAAGGAAAAGGAGUCCCUGCCAGAUACUAUCAAGUUUCCGUACUCCCGUCACUCAUGUUACUCCGAACUAUGCCAGCUCGUCGGAGCUUUUAGGCCCAAGGACAUAUACCCAUGCACAGUUGACCCCCUUACUUGGACUGAGGGAGUCUCCAUGCAAUCCUUGUUCGGCCAUCUAUGUUCUAGCACAACAUUCCGCCACGACAAGUCCAUGCGGAGAGCAAUACAAGAUGCGCACUCCAGGCCCUCAAAACGCCAAAGGCGUGCAAGUGAUGUCGGAUCCGAAGCAAUCUCCAGUCAACAAUCAACGGCAGACUCGCAGCAGAAACUCGAUUUACAUUGGAAUUCGAAUUCUUGCCAACAGGAUGAAGAAGCAAAGUAUCCUUUCCAAAACGGCGAUCAGCAAGACGACGAGGAUUCUCUCGCGGACUAUCCUACCUCAUUCCCAACGCAGUUGACUGCCCAAUCGUCAGAAUCUCCAGCAACAAGGUUCAAGGCAAUAAAGCAAGCUAUGCUCGAGGACUAUCAGAACGAUGAAAUCAACUUUUUCUUACCUUCUUUUACGGAUUCGCAACGUUCGCAGCCAGAUGUUGAGCCAACUUCUCACCAGCUGCAGAUCUCCAAGGAUUCGGAAGAGGUGCAGACACACUCACAAUCCGCGGCUUCGCAGCAAGACCUUCAACUAGAGCAGGAAGAACUAGACCUGCAGCUUAGCCUGUGCGUCUCUCGCACCUUCACCACUACGACCAAUGAAGAUUACCUGGAGGAGGAAGUGCAAGAGGAAGAGGAUAAAGACGAAUAUGCUAGUGAUUCGGAAAGCAUCAUAUCCCUAUCUUCCUCUGCAUUCUAUUCCCAACCUCCGUCCCAGCCUCAACUUAUAAUUGUGAAACCGGCGGAGAACGACAAUCAGGGCCCGGUGGAUACUGUUCUGGUUCCUUCAUCGGCUCCUGGCCCGGAGACGGACGUUGAUCCGGAUCCAGCACAUGCACCUGGACCCAGUAAAUCCGGGGAUCGCUCGCGUGUCAGGAAAGAGAUGCGCAUGGCUGCGUACCGAGCUGCGAAGAAAGGGACGUACAGCGCCUGGAAGAAUACGUGUCCGUUGAUAAGUGUGGGAGAUAACCAUUCUUAUCCCGAGGUUGAGCUGUGA